AUGACAAUGAGCAGUAAAGAUCAAAUUGUACCUGUAUAUCAUGAUGCUGAAGUCGAUGACAUAGAGAACUUUCUCUUUGAUUUUGAAGAAUAUGAUAAGGCCAAGAAGUAUAAUGAGGACAUCCUAUGUUCAAUAGUAAAGGCUGAAAAUAAAACUGAAACCAACUCAGGAGUAAUUAGAAAUGUGACUAGUAUAUUUAUGAUGAAGGAUUAUAGUAGAAACAAAGCUCUUAAUAAACAUAAAGCAUCAAACAUACCUGAAGAAACUCCACUAUUAAGUAAGUCAAAUGUAGAACUUAACACCAUCGUAAAUGGACUUGCAGCACUGAGCAUUAACCGUGUGGAACAAAAGGAGAAAGAGCCACAUCAUAAAGAAUUGCCAAAUCAAAAUAAAAGCACAAGUCAAAUUAAUAAGGGCAUAACAUUCAAUAAUGCUGAUAUAUGCUUAGUUGAAUUCACUGAAAAAGGCUCUAUGAAUAGUAGUAAAUAUCUAAAGGUUGAAUUGUUGGAUGUGAAUGAAUAUUGUAAUGUAAGGGUGUUUGGCAAAAGAAAGAGAAACGAUGAUGCUCUGAAACAAUUGAAUCAUCUGAAAAAAGAGAAAAAGUUGAUAUGCGUAAGCAGGAAAAUCAAGAAAUAA